CUGGAGAAGAAACUGUUUGGCUCUCUGAUGAAGUGGAAUCAGACUUAUCCCGUAAGCGUCACACAUGUUUACUUAUUCGGAGGGCGACUGGGUGAAGUGUGAAACAGAGGACUAUGUCAAUUACAUAUUUUGUUCCCAAGAGGUUAUACCAUGGCUUUCCAACAAGGAGAACAGAGGGAGACGCAAAUAUAAAGAGACUAGAGCUGACUGAAUCCAGAAUUUAAUUUUGUGAUCUCUGGGUUGCUUCCACUGUCUGUUUCCAAUUCAGGAUUACAAAUCCAUGGCAUUCAGGAAACAAAAGAUAUAGGAACUUCGGAAAUCUUAAGAAAAGAAAAGAACUCCGGACAGAAGAGUGGCUUAAAAGAUGAGGUGAGAAGAGUAAGAGCUUUCUCACUGUGAAGGCUUGAGCAACCGAGAAGGAGGACACCAUUAUGAAGUUGACUCUGAACAUGGUUUCCUUCUUUGCGGCCUUGGUUGGCAUUUUGAGUUUCAUCUUCCUGGUGGCAGCCAUCGGCACUGACUUUUGGUAUCUCAUUGAUGCUUCGAAGCUGGAGAAGUUGACCAACAGCACAAACAACCUCAGCUCUCAUUCAGGACUCUGGAGGACCUGCCAGUUUAAAACCACCUGCCUCCCUUUCGUGAAUCCCUUUAAGCCUGAAACAAAAAACAUCACCACAUCCCAUCAGCAACUAUUAAAUAUGCAUGGCACUUUUGUGAUUCUGCUGCCUCUCAGCCUCGUCUUGAUGACCUUUGGAGGAAUGACAGGCUUCAUCGCUACCCUCUCACAGGCUUAUUUUCUCCUGAUCUUCACCGGCCUGCUCUUUCUCUUUGGAGCCAUCAUCACUCUGGCUGGGCUUAGUGUCUACAUUGCUUACUCCGCCGCAGCUUUCAAGGAAGUCAGCUAUCUUCUGGAAGAGAGGAAGCUCCUUGAACAUAUCGAUAUCCAGUUUAGCUGGUCGCUAGCCUUUGCCUGGUUCUCCUUUGCUGCUGAGGUUCUUACUGGGCUAGCCUUUCUCCUGAUGUCCAGAAUAGUUGGCAUGGAACAAAGACGGAAUUACUCGAUAUGACAAUCUCUUUCACAACAGGGAUCUCCUGGUUCAACAGAUUUGGUCCAUGUAGACCCAUCCAUCUUUUCCAACCUUAUGGUGUGAGCUAAUGACUGAUAGAGAAAACUAAGUCAUUUGAGAUAGCCAUAUAAUCUCCCUUGCCUGAUGUAAUUUUCUUUUACUGCUUAGGUUUGCUGAAACUUUUGACCUGAGAGGCCUUCUGGUAAAGAGGUUUGGUUUGAAGCUCUGCGGGGCGACAAGAUAAACAGAUCAAAAUUCUCCACUAGGAAAAUUGGAUUCUACAUCCUAAAGAGAAAAGCAUGUAGGUUGAGCAGACUUGCAUAAUGUCUCUCCUUUUGCAUAAUAUUGUGGGCCCUUGGUAUCUGCUGGGGUCUGGUUCUAGGACCUCCCAUGGAUACCAAAAUCCACGGAUGCUCAAGUACCACUAAAUACAAUGGCACAGGAAAAUAGUAUCUCUUAUAUAACAUGGAAAAAUCAAGCUUUGCUUUAUGGAAUUUAAACAAUAUUUUCAGGCCAUGGAUGGCUGAAUACAUGGAUAAAGCAUCCAUGGAUGCAGAGGGCUGACUUUAUAUCGUCCCAUUUUUGCUGUUCUGCAUGAUUUUAUUUUGGCAAUGUUAGUCCCAGAGCAGGAAAACAGGGCACAAAUGUCUAUGCAGAACACUCAACAGCCAACAUACAGGUUGCUUUUUAAAAAAAUGAAAUUACAAAGGUUUCCUAGCCACACUAGCAGCCAUGGGAAAAUAUAAGCAAAGUUAUCAGCACAUUUUCAGAAACCCCUAAGGCCUGAAGUUGUAUGCACAUGAAAAAUAACACAACCCAACAACCCCAAACUGUUGACAACUCUCCCAACGAACAUGUCCAGGAACCACAGCAUCCUGAUAUUUACAACUAUCUUUGGAAUGAGAACUCAUUGAACAUUCCUAAACGUCCUACUUGUGCAAAGAGUAAAGAGUUAUAUAAUAAGAUGUUAACAGCUCAGCUUGACAAAAGUGCUUGUUCUUUCGAAAGAGGUGUGUGUGUUCAUUCAUUCAAGUCCUAGUGUUUGUUAUGAAGAAAUUAUAUGAAACACAUUGUGCGCAGUGUUGAGAAAUGGUGGGAAAAUAUUUUUACGCAGUUGCAGCACCAGGAAGCGUCCCGAAAGAAGAUCUGUGGUCUUUGCUGGCAUCUCGUGGUAGGAGUGAGAAAGCCAACAAUUUGGAACAGAGAACAGGGAAUGUUGGGUAAGAAGAAUCAUAAAGCCAGGGAAUUAGCAGGAAAGCGUUGGGGGAAAGUUUCUGGAAUCAACUGCAUUUAAGGGAUCCUAGAGGAACACUUCUUUAGAGAGUGAAAGAAAUGCCUAAGGAAUUCUGUGUUACGUGUUUUCAUUUCAUUUCCAGUUGCAGGGAAGUUUUCUUCCCCAAGAGCAACAUUUUUGAUAGUCUGUCAACUGUAAUUCCCUUAAAUAAAAUUGAU